AUGAUUGGCAUCAAGAUUAGCCUUCUAAAGGAUAGUUCGAUGAUUGCUAGUCGGGCUGGCAUGUAUAAACUGAGUGGUGUAUCCCGUAUCCAGCUCCGUAACAGGACGGCGACUCUAUGGAACAAAAGAUUCUACUCAUCUGACAAUGUUAUUCCUGUUCACAAUUACAACAAGAAAAAGGCUGUGAAAUGGGUUGUUUUGACUGGUGUUACUUUAGUGUUAGGAAGUUUGUUAUUACAACGUACAAAUAAAGAAGAUGAUAAAGAGGAUAAAGAAGGCUCAAAAAGGGGUCCUAGAAUUAAAAUCUUCGACAAUAAUUGGUUGUUUUUCUGCUAUUCAACGUUGCCAUUGAAUGCCUUGUCGCGGUUGUGGGGUCAAGUCAAUUCUUUGACGCUUCCAGUAUGGUUGAGACCUAUAAGUUUCAAAUUCUACUCAACUUUAUUUGGAGUCGACUUGAAUGAAAUGCAGGAUCCCGAUUUGACGCAUUAUAAGAACCUGUCUCAGUUUUUUUACAGGGAGAUUAACCCAGAAAAGCGUCCUAUUGCACCGGGAGAUGACGUUGUUGUGUGUCCUAGUGAUGGUAAAGUUCUUCAAUUGGGUGUGAUUGACUCUCAGACCGGCCAGAUUGAGCAAGUGAAGGGAAUGACGUACUCUGUUAGAGAAUUCCUUGGUACUCACUCGCAUCCUUUAAUGACAAGAAACAGCUCAUCAGAUAGUAUCAAUACUAGUUCUUCUGAUGAGGAGCAAGCGGAGUUCGCAAGAAUCAACAAUAUACCUUACACACUAAGCGAUAUGAUCGGUGAAACUCCAGGCGGUCAAAACCCCCAUUUGCAAGAAAUCAAAUACAAAGAAGAAGGUGACAAAUCUUUGGAGAGUGCUUCGCCUUCUGGCACAAAAAUUGUCAAACUAUUAGGACAGCUCUCGACUCACUAUUUAAGUAAAGCGACUAAUACUGACCCUACAAACACACAACUUUUCUUCGCUGUAAUCUAUUUGGCGCCUGGUGAUUACCAUCAUUACCAUUCCCCUGUAAAUUGGGUUUGCAAGUUGCGUCGUCAUUUCCCUGGGGAGCUAUUUUCAGUCGCACCAUACUUCCAACGUAAUUUUCCCAAUCUAUUCAUCCUGAAUGAACGUGUUGCUUUGCUUGGUCAUUGGAAACAUGGCUUCUUUAGUAUGACUCCCGUAGGGGCCACAAAUGUUGGUUCCAUAAAGUUGAAUUUUGACAAAGAGCUAAUAACGAAUGAAAAGAGAAUUCAAAAGCUAAAACCGCAUACGUGUUACGAAGCAACUUAUGAAAACACUAGUACUAUUUUGGGCGGUGUUCCUCUCGUCAAAGGCGAAGAAAUGGGAGGAUUUAUGCUGGGCAGUACCGUCGUCUUAUGUUUUGAAGCUCCUAGUGAUUUCAAAUUUGAUAUUAAGGUCGGCGACAAGGUAAAGAUGGGUCAACCUUUGGGUGAAUCGAAUUAA